AAGACUGGGAUUAUCAGUGAACUCCGUGUCUUUCUUUUCAGUCUCACAUCUAGCACUGGACCAGACUGAGCAUUCGCCUCGCAAGUAAACAAAGUACUCUAAAUUCGAAAUUAUUAUCUGAAUAUGUUAUAGUUAUGUCGGAGGCAUCGACAUCGGGCUCUGGUUCUCAUUCCGAAGACAGUAAUGCGAAUAGCUCUUUGAACGCUGUCCUAAAGUCCUGUGCCAAAAUUCAAUCACUGGAGAGCCUUGGACCGCCCAUAGACUACGACUAUAACGACGUCUAUUUGGCUAGCGAGGCCAAGAUGAUUUCACCGAAUCCGUACUCCUUCAGUGGGAAUAUAUCAAAUAGUAGCUAUGCCAGCGAUGAUGCCUCGAUCAGUAUACUCGAGGAUCAUGGACGCAUAUCGCUGGCCUAUGAGAAUCUGAACAGUAUUCCGCGUCGCCUGGCUGACAAGUUUGCAGGACAGACCAAAUGUCUGGAUCUCAGUCACAAUGACUUUCGCAAUUUGCAAUUUCUAUCAUUUUUCGAAGAUCUUCACACUUUGAUACUGGAUCGCAAUGUCAAUUUGGAUCUAAAUAGCUUACCCUAUUUGCCUAGCCUUAAUAUUCUGUGGAUUAAUAACUGCGACAUAUCGAACAUUACCGACUGGAUACAUCGAAUAGAGCGACAGUGUCCCUCCUUGGAGCAAUUGGCAUGCAUGGGCAAUCCAGGCAUUCGCAAAGUAUUUGGCCAUGAGAGCGGAGCCACCUAUGCCGCCCGCGACUAUAUACUCCAAGUGCUGCCCAAUCUCAAGUACUUGAAUAGCGAAUGUGUGGGCAGAGACAUUGGGAGUGGUUCACAGAGCCGCAAUACCGUGUCUUCGUCACAAGGCCAAAUGAUCGACUCUGCCAGCAACUCGGAGAAGCUUUCAACGGGCUGCAAAUCUCUGACACCCACUCUAGGUUUUCGUCAACUCUUCCGUUUCAAGCAGCAUAAAAAGACGCUUAGCAGCAUCGGCAAGAGCUAUGGCAAUUGCUCCUCCACCAAUUGAUUCGCUUAAAAGUUGGACUGUUAUUUUUAGACGCAAUCGCCGCAUUAUCAGCGCUUCUGCCGAUGCCCCAAUGCUCGGUCAGCCCACUGCAGUCACUGAUUGCACCUAAAAACCCACAUAUGCAAUGUACAAAAUGAUUACGCACUGCACUUCAAAGUGGACAAUUCAUGGAAUUACAAUAACAUUUCUUGUUUAAUUCUGAAGCCAUUCAUUACGUUAAACUAUAUUUUACUCAAUUUUAAUAAACUUUUUCUAAUCAUUACAAA